AUGGACGAGACAUUGGAUUUGGUGUUAGCGCGGCCUUCUCCUCUGAGAGACUGCAGCAAUGAAGUCGAAGCCUUUAAGACUCCCAACAAGCGCCGCAGCCGCGGGGAGGACCGACUUCGGCGGCCGAGUCAUGGCUCGGAGGAAGAGACCAGGCCCCUGGCUGAAGCGGAGAUGAUGAGCUUCGACGAAAUGCGUAAACAGCUGAGCUUAUGGCAAUCACACUUGACGGAUCUCACGGCUGAGCACAGGGAAGCUGAAAGACUGCGGCAGGACACGUCCAGCUUGCGGAGCAGGCUGGUGAAUUGCGAGGCGGAAGCGAGCGAACGUGCCAGGAGGCUAGCAGAGACCCGAGUUCAGGUCCAGCAGAAGAACCAGGAGCUGGCAACAGCGCAGGAGCAGUUGAAGAAGAAGUUUGUUGAGCUCGCUCAAGAGAAGGAGGCAUCUCAAGAGCUGCGCUGGCAGAUUCGCCAGUUGAGAGAGGAGACCGAGGAGCAGCUGAACCAGAAAUCGAUUGAGCUGACCCAAGAGCAAGAGGUCGCCGUGAAGAUGAGGGAGGAAGUUCAACAGCUGGUGGAUGCCGCGACCAAUGCCAACGAGAUCCGUGCGGCGUUGGAAUCUGAGUUGGCUGGCGCCAAAGCAGAGCUCGCCUCCAACCAUGCGCAACGCACGAGAUUGGAGGCACGGAAUCUGGAACUGGAAGAACAAGUCAAGAACAUGGAGGCGCAAUUGAAGGACGCUGACUCCAAGCACCAUGAAUGCUGCAAGGUGAUUGCAGAGCACAAGACUCUUGAAGCUGAGCUCUUGAAGGUGCGUGGCUCGUUGCAAGAUGAGUCGGAACUUCACCAGGACGAGCUUCGCGCACUGACUGAAGAGGUGUCUGCGCGCCAAGUCCAGGUUCAGGACCUGGAGCUGGAGCUCGCGCAGAUGAAGGAUGCAUAUGCCUCGUUGGAGACCCAGCACCACUUGGAGAUCCAGGAAUUGACCUCUCAGAUGGAGGAGGCCCAAUCGCUCCCUUCACGAACUUUGCAUGGGAUGCAACGACCAAGCCAAGGCCAACACAAAAGCUGGACGAGCCAUGUUGAAGGAGACAGAAGCGGCCCUAGGCCCAAGAGUGAGGAUGUUGCAGAGAUUUCCGAAAUUUUGGGGUCCAAAUUGAAGGCGCCUCAUGUGCUCGAGGGAACUUCCAUGCGGCCCACCCCUCCAAAAAGAACCCGUCUGAAGUUCGCUGAGGCGCAAGACUUGGAGGAGCAACAGACUGAAGUGACACGUCGGGAGCGACAGAGUGCUACGUUGGACUUGUCGUUGUGUCUAAACCUGUAA